AUGUCCCUUUCCUCUUCCUCCUUAUCCCCACUACCUACUAAUUCUCCUUCCUUCCCUUCUACAACUCAAAAAGAGCAAGACAAUACCAACCGACUUUUUCAUUCACUCGAAGAGACCGUCCACCGAUUACUUACUCUCCACUUAUCUGACGGUCUGGAAUCCCCAUACGUAUAUGAAGAUCUACUCAAACCGAUCAAUCUGACCACAUGGAAGACUGAAAAGUACCCUUAUCCCAAUUUCAAGGACAAAUCUCAAAAUGAGGUAUAUGAUCUGAUUGUGAUUUUAGCCAAGAGGAUAGCGGAGUUUUUAACGAGGUUGAGUGUAUUGGUGAAGGUGAUAUAUCAUCUGUUCGGUUUAUUGGAGAUUAUCAUUAGACGAUUAGAUACGGUUGAAAGGGGUGAUGAUGAGAUUAGGAUGGUGGAAAAGAGGUUGGAUAGAUUGGAGAGGAAGAUGAUGAGGAGGGUUCAAGUAGGAAUUGAAGGUGGGAUCGGAUUAAAUCAAAGGGAACAAUACUCGUAUCAACCUCCUACUCCGAAAUCUAGCAAAGGUGAAAGGCUUGUUAGAUUUACAGAAGUCGACAAACAUCCUAUGAUGGUUGUCAACGAAGAUGAAGAAGAGAGAAAACGUAAUCUGAGAAGAUCAAGUAGACAUGUCAAGGUGGUUGAUUAUACCAUCUCAUCUUCUGAUGACGAUACUGCUGAAAGGGCGUUGGAUCUGGAUUAG